UCUCUCUCUCUCUCUCUCUUUCUUUUCUUCUCUUUUUUUCCCCUCCAAGUUAAAUGUACGUAAACUACAGUUUAGUUUUGACUUUGUAAGCACGUCCCCUUACAGAGUUUUAAUGCUACUUUAAGGGCUUGUAAUGUGUUAUUGAUAUAAUUUGUCAUGAGGUAAAAGAGUCUCCCGUUCCAGCGCAACAUUUACAUAAUUGAAAUCUUUAGCAGUUAUUUUAUUAUGGUUGGCAGUAACAUUAUAUUGUCAAUGUAAUGGGAAUUAUGUCAACAUUUCAAGGAAUAUGCAAAUAUGCUGAUAUGCUGAUAUUGAAACUAUUUGAAGAGCUGUUCUGCCCAAACACAUUACAUAUGUGUCUUCUGUUACCUGAUGAGAGGGGCGGGGUUACACACAGGUGUAUGUAACCUUUUACUUCUCCAUCAGUCAGUGCAUUCACUCCAACACACAUCUUUUGUCUCUCUGAUGGAAUUGCUGCUUCUCCGAUGAUCUUCAAACUGUUGAUGGUGUUGAUCAUCUCUCAGUGUGUGUUUGUGUUCUACUACACAACCGACACACACACCAGCCGAGAUGGGACGUCAAACCCGUUUCUCCAGCUGCACUGUGCAAACCUGAGACGCAAGUUUUCCAUCAUCAAACCGGCCAAGAGUAUAAACAUGAAGAGCUUCACGCAGGAUCUCUCGGAUCUCAUGAGCUGCCCGUAUAAAUCAAACACGACUGAACGGGAACUAAACAGAAUCAGACUGAAGAUGUGUUGUAACGCCACAGGAUCAUUAUACCUGACCAAACACAACACAGCUGUCAAUCAGACGAUCCCAUAUGAAACCAGCAGAAAACGCACACACACAGUGGACGCGGCACUUCACACAUUGUUGCCUGAGGAUUUCCCCUGGAGUGGACGUGGUUUGGGUCAGUGUGCGGUUGUGGGCAGUGGAGGGAUUUUGAAGAACAGCAGUUGUGGACGCCAGAUUGACAGCGCAGACUUUGUCAUACGGUUUAAUUUGGCUCCGGUUAAUGACAGUGAUGUUGGACUGAAGACAGACCUGAUCACUAUAAACCCCAGUCAGAUUCGCAAACAAAACCUGCAGAAUAUUCCUGGUCUGUUUGCAGAGCGUGUCAGCGUUUACGGCAACUCCUCCCUCAUUCUCCCCGCCUUCGCCUACACGUAUGACACUCAACUGUCAAUCAAAUCUCUUAAAGCCCUUCAGCCAAUCAGACCUCAGCAGCAGGUCGUGUUCUUCAGCCCAGACUUCCUGCGGACACUGGACCGUUUCUGGAAGAGGCGUGGCCUGAAAGAGAGCCGCCUCUCCACAGGGUUUAUGUUGAUUAGCGUGGCGUUAGAGCUGUGCGAGCAGGUGCACGUUUACGGAUUCUGGCCGUUCGACAGCGACUUGCAGCAGUGUGCAGUUCCGCAUCAUUAUUACGACCAGAAAGGCCCAAAAGCCGGCGUACACGCCAUGCCAGAGGAGUUCCUGCGCCUGCUGCAGCUGCACAGCCACGGGGCGCUAACACUGCACCUGCAGCCCUGCACUUAAGAUACACACGUAACAUAUUCUGCACUUACUCAAUGUGUUUGUGCUUUUAUUUAUGUUUGUUUAAUUAUUAGGUGAAGAUCUGGCUGGACAAGAGUCAUGCCCCAGUCCAUAGGUGCUGAUAUAACCAAUAAUGAAUUGAUAGUCAAAACAACAGGACAGACAAAAUUCAUGAUGUUUAAAACAACUUUUCAUCUUCAACAGUGAUGGCCUGUGACAGUUAAUAUAUUAUAGAUGUAUACCACUUUAUACGGCAAAGGUGCAAAACGCUGUACAUUGUACAAUGCCUAGAGAAAGUCAUCAUAUGUAAAAAUCCUUAUCAUUUGUCACAUUACAUCCUGGAAAUGUAAAUAAAUUCAGUAUAACCUUUUCCAGCUGUAUUUACACAUUAUAACCUGAGUAAAAUACCUUAUUUUGAUAAGUGAUCAGCCCACUUGCUCAGGUUCAACCAUUCACCUUUCAGAUCAAAUCCUGGCUUAUUGGCUUCCACCUGACAACAACUGGAGUGGUUUUGAUUACUUCAGAAUAAAGCCAUGAAGAUUGCAUUACUAGUAGUAAAGUAAAAGUUCAAACAUGUUUAAAAGGCUUUAACUAUCUCUCUGAGUAUUGUUCAGAGCAUUAUUAAGAAGUGGGAGAGUGAAAGCGGUAAGGGUUUGAGUUCCCUCGCAAUAAGAUUUGAGUUCCCUCACAAUAAAAUUUGAGUUCCCUCUCAAUAAGUGUUGAGUUCCCUCACAAUAAGAUUUGAGUUCCCUCUCAAUAAGAUUUGAG